ACGCAGAAUAAGCAGCAGAAAAACAACACCAAAGAGUAGUGGAAGAAGUAGAGAGAAAAAAACACACACAUCGUACUGUUGGUGGCUGCUAUGUUCCAGUGACGAUGAUUCCAGUUUUCAAUAUCAAUCGUUUUUUCGCUUUUGUCGGGUGCUGAAUGAGUGUACGUCUUUUCGCUAAACGCAAAUUAUUUUUUUUUCUCUCUUAUUUCUAUAUCGUUCGUCUUACCCACAAAAACAAAUAUCGCGAGACAAAAGUCCACCAAUAAGAAGAAACAAAAUAUACAUUCAUAAUAAUAUUCGAAUAUUUGUGAAAUGAAAAGUGAAUUAGUGAAUUUUUUUCUGCAGUGAUUAUUUUGUGUGUGACUCAGAUGAAUGUAUCAAUUGUGCAAAAAAAAUUGUUUUUGUUUAGUUUCGAUUAGAAGAUUUACUAGACUUGAGCCAAUUUAAGAAUAAGAUAAUAGAAAUUCAAGUGUACACAAAUUGAGCUGAAUUCAUUCGGUUAUUUUUGGGAUUUUACAUUGAAACACCACCAAUUUGUCUCAAUUGCAUUUCGACCGAAAUGUGAAAACUAAACUCACUCAUACAUCAGGACAAUGUUAAACAAAUGGGAAAGAAGGAAGGAAAAUAAAACGUAGAAUUAACAAUAAAAUAUAAGUGAAAAGCGAGACAAACAGAAACCAACAUAAAUAUUCAUUUCACGUUACGAAUUGAUUCAAGAGUGUGUACCAAACCGUGCCGAGCAAAGCGAACAACAUUUAAAACUAACGAAUGAACAAUAAAAAAUUGUAAUGUAAAAAUAUUGAGAAUAAGAGGAUAAAACGAAUCGACUUGAGCUCAAAUUUAAAUAAAACAACGAAUGAGAAUAACAAAUCGCUUGAAGACGUCAAUGACGGAACCGCAACAGAAUUAAUUUCACUAAACAUUUACACGUCUUUUCAUUAUUAUUGUUAUUAUUAUUUUGGUGCUGAGUUUCUCGACGAUUUGCUUUUUCUUUAUUGCCAUCCCCGAAUAUGGAUGACAUUGUAUGCAGCAGUAUGUCGCGCAGUUGUUGUGAAUGGUGAUUGUGUUUUGGUUCGUCGUAAAAAAAGAAUUUUCUCCGACAUUUCCCGUUUUUCGUUAAAUUGGUGUAAAAGUUGGUUGAACGAUUAAAUGAUUUUAGUUUUCGUCAUCGAAGCGUUACCAGUGUACAAUAAACAGGAAAAAAAGGGUUCAAUGUACAACAACAGUCGUUCGUGAUUCGUAAUCGUCCUAUCGGUCGACCGACGAUGGAAUAGCUAAAUAGAAACAUUGUCAAUCCAAAGGCAUUUUUUCCUGUGAAUCGAAACCGAAGAAAAAAAAAAACAACAACAACAAACAUUUCGUGAUUGUGUGUCGUCGUCGUCGUCGUUCCAUCUAUUUUUCAUUAUCGGAUUUGCUGCUGUCGUUUUCGAUAUAUUCUGUAUAUACCAUUUGAAAUCUAUAUAGAUUCUCCAUAUUUCGCUCCAUUGUCGAACCUCCAACGACACAAACAAGAGGCACUGAAAAUCGUGCACGAAGGAGUGUAUUUGUAUGUUUGUCGUCUCUCUCACUGAAAUCUAUAUAUGAAAUCAUUUUGUUGUGACACAAACAAAAAAAGAGAACGUACACUCCAAACCGACCAAACGACCAUAUUUAUAAAUAAUAACUAUUAUUUUUAUCGGUGUGUAUUGUGAAAUGUCAAUGAUGACGACUCCGACGACGAUUAAGUCGAUACAUAAAAACUCGGUUACUUCAUACAUUCGAUCUAAUCCCAACUAGAAAAAAAAUCCCUUGUAUAUGCUAAUAAUAAAAGUUCAACUAUGUUUGGAUAUAGACACUUCUACACAUUGUGUCAUUGGAAAUAGAUCAAACGAAACGACCAAACAGUAUACAUAUAUAGAUACAUAUGAUGUGUGAUGGGAAACCAAAAUAUGGAUAGAGCAAAAAAAGUUGGGUGUAUAUGAGAGCGUUUGUGUGCUUUAAUUGCUACUCGAUGACGACAAAGUACAAAAUCUAAAAAGAAAAAGACAAGUAAAACAAACAAAGAGAUUGAUUCGAAGUGCCAAUGAAUGAUGAAUUGUGCAAAUGAAUACACACGCUAUGUACUUGCAAUUCGGUUUGUGUGAAAAAAAUACCAGAUAAUAAUCGUCGUCUAGAAAGACGAUCCAAAACAACUGUGUGUAUCUAUUUUAUUUUCGGAAGAAGUGUAAACACAUUUGGUAAUACAAUUUCCAAGAAAAACGGAAACGACCCAAGCCCUUUUUUUGUUUAAAGUGAAUGACAGAAAAAAACGGCAAACAAUUUAAAUGUGGUUAUUAAGUUCUUAAAAAAGGAGAUCAAUUUUAAUGUUGUUAGAGCAAAAAUAACAAAGUCCAAUCGCAAAAAAAGUGAAACUAAAUAUAGUGUUAAAGUGCAAAACGGAAAAAAAAAAUUCUUGUUGAUUGUCGUCAUCAUCACAUAUCGCUCAUUACAAGCGAUUCAGUCAUCAUCGAUGACUGUGUAUUUUGCAUGCCAGUCAUUUGCGCUGUUGGCUUGCGUGAAUACAUUCCAAACACUUUCAAUUUUGGCAAUGCAUCACUCUCGACAUUGCUUGUAUUCGCAGCAAAAUAAUUCGCUGCUCAAAUGAAUUCAAGCCAUUCAAUUCGAAUGACUAUUCGUCGACGAAAAAGAGAGAGUACAUAAAUCAAACAGCUAAAUAAAAGUUCAAAUUAAAAAAAAAUAACAACACGAAGUAAAACGAAUCACUCGACCAAGAAAUAACGACAACAAAGAGUAACAGACGAACAGAAGCCGAAAUAAAAAAAAACAAUCACAUCACAAUGUCCUUUUACUUGAAGAAUGAUGAUGCCGAUUUGAAUCAUCACUCAACACAGAGCGGUUCAAAUAGUCCUUCGGCUGCACUAAAUAAUAGUCAUAAGCAGAAUAGAUUUGUUAUAAGAGCCAGGUCGUUCAAAGACGAUGUUAUCGGUAAAAUCAUCCAGAUUCGUGCACCAAAUAACACAUUGUCUCUGGGACGAUCUCAUUCACCGAAUAGUCCACGGAAUAAGCUGUCCAAAGGUAAUCACAGUCUCUGUUCAACGGACGGCGGUGACAGUAAUCACAAACCGUUGCACGAUCUAAAUUAUCAUGUGCGACAAGUGAAAAAUGCGCUGCAACAUUUCAAAGGUGUCAUUUCACGAAAUCGAUUGGAGGUGUUGCCUGCCAACGGUACCGUUGUUUUGGAAACGAUAGCCAAUGUACAUACAGCACUUCAACCAUAUACAUUGAAUGAAAAUAGCAGUGCAAUCAUUUCGGCAACAACACAAGUAUAUCUAUCGCUGGGCAAACUAAUUAAACUGUGCGACGAAGUGUUGCUAAGCGAAGAUGAUGCAAACUGUGCAUCGUUGAGUCAAGAAAAUGUCACCGAAGUUGUAGAACUGGUUGAAAAAGCAGUUCAGAAUUUGGUGCAAAUAGCCAAUGAGAAGGCAUUAGAACGCGAGAAAAAUGGUGAUUUAUCAACGAAAACCAAUAAGAGCAGCAAUACAUUACAACGGCCAGAGGUGAAUACACAACGUACAUCACUUCCCGAUAUUCCGUUAACACCACGCGAACGUGAUAUUUUGGAGCAGACACAAUCGAAAAAUUUACGAACAACACGCAGCAUUGAAAGUAUACUAUGUGAUUCUAGUCCACCGCCAAAACCACCAUUGCCAGAAAGAGCAAGUAAUCCACCUCCGCUUCCACCAAAAAGGAAAAUCCAACCGAAACCGGUCGGCAUACAAUUAUCGCCGCAAACACAACAAACACAAUCCGUCACCGAUUUGGACAUCAGUAGCAAUAAUGUUGAUUCGACACUGCUAAAUUGUGGUUUUGAUCGAAUGUCAUUACGGUCAAAAUCACCUGACGAUAAUUCCAGUUUAUUGAGCACCAGUUCACUUGAUUCCGCACUGAACCAUUCACGCGAAGAAGAUGAAAUAAAAGCACUCACAUGCAAUGAUCAUCAAAAUGAUGAAAUUACAUUGCGUGAAGAUAUCGAUAAAUUUUUUGAACAAAAGGGCAAUUGCAUUAGAAGUGAAGUGACUGAUUCAAUUGGACCAAUCGCAUCAAUAACCGAAUUAACCGUUGAACCCAGACGAAAUCCGAGAGAAUCUUCAGAAUCUGGUUUUGUUUCGAUGUAUUCGAUUCGAGCAAGUAUGCAGAGCGUGUCGGCGAAGCGUAUGUCAGCGGAACAGCAUAGAGAAAGUAUGAUUAAUUCAUCGACCAUUUUGGGUGGGAAAUCGUUGAAUGUGGCGAAUAUGUCGUCGAUUAUGAAUAAUUCUGUGCAAAUGGCAUCGACAACAACCGCAACUACAAAAUCAAUGACAAACUUUAGCAAUGAAAUCAGCAGCAGCAACAGUAUUGCAUCCAAAAUGAUAAACAGUGCCAUGGCAAAGAAGUCGAUUAAAAAUGAAAACUAUGUACAAAUGGGAAACUAUGAUAUGCUUAGUUUUAAUGCAGACAGUCUUGAUGGUUAUGAUAAUUAUGCUGAAGCAAUGCGAAUCUCGAGCAAAAAGAACGUCGAACAUAAAAUACUGUCCAACUCAACGGGCACCACAUUUGAAUUUAAUGAAGACGAUUGCAUUGCCGAAGAUGAUGAAGUUCCGCCAGCACUACCGAUAAAAACACGAUCUCGUCUAUUGCGAGGAGAUCGAUUCUCAACCUAUGAUAACGUCGAUGAAACCGAUGAUUUUCCAAAUCAUAUGAUGAUUAUACCGAUGAAUCAUACAAAACAUCAAAGCAUGAUCGAGCCACGACGGAUAAACCAUCAUUUUGGAGAUGAAUCAGAUCAACCACCACCUUUACCUGUGAAAAAGAAGCACAUGUUUCAAAGUGUGGCCUAUUCGGUUAUGGCUUACAUGGAAAUGUUCGGUAAUUGUUCACAUACAUCGCAUAAUAAUUCGGAAUUUGUGCGACAUUCGGUGCAUACAUGCAAUUUGAAUCAUCAUUCGACGAGUUCGACAAGCGUGGAUCAUUUCACAGCGAGCAGUAAUCAACAACACAACAGUCGUUACAUCUCACACAGCCAAACAAUGAGUCUUUCGCCCUUGCGUCGUCAAGUGAUAAUGGAAUCAUCUGAUUCAUUGGUAUCACAAGCAUCGAGCUUACCACCGAAGAUGAGCGAAAAUCCCGAGUAUCGGCCACCACCAGCACUUCCACCAAAACGACAUCGCACGAGUGCCAAACUUAACAAUUUGAACAUUACACCGCCGUCUAGUCCGAAACUCAUACUAAGCGAAUCCAUUGAAAUGCCAAUAAAUGAUUUAUCUAGUCAAAGCAUCCACAAUAACGCAUUGAACAACAAUCGGAAUAAAUUGGAGAAUAAUAUUCAACAAAAAAUCGAUAAUAUUCCGCCAACAUCACCCUCAUCAAAUUAUGUGCAAAUUUCGACAUCAACCAUAAAUGCAGCUGCUGCUGCCGAAGCGGCCAAACAAACAAAUACCGACCCAUCGAAAUUAAAAAGCAAUAUUGUAACGGUGUCGAAUAAUGUGUCUGAAUCGAGUGCAGUGAAUAACGACGUAAGAGUGAUUUAUACGAACGUUAACAUUUUAAAUACGACUAACAAUCGAUCCUCGUCGUCUGACGAGAAUCACAUUCAAUUGUAUGACAGUAGUUGUGCAAAUGAUGAUAAUCAAAAAUCCAAAAAUUCGAUUCAUCAAAUCGAAUGUGAUACGAACAAUGAGCACACUGCUAAGGAUAACAACCGAUGUACCAGUACAGUAAAACAAAACAGUAGCCAAUUGAUUAACAAUAAUAAUAAUUCGAUUAAUGAUAAAAAUGCCGAUGACGAAGAGGAUAUUGUGGUAUUACGACGUCCUCCUCAGGCUUCAUCUAACAAUAGCUUGAAGAUUGACUCUGGCAAUGGAUCACCAUCAAAAGGCGAUCAAUCGGUUUUGAUUGAAGAGAUCGAUGUGCAAAAAUGCUUAGUAUUCAAAAAAGAUGGAGAAGAUGGGCCUGAUGUCAAGGGUGGCGAACUGGAUGCAUUAAUUGUUCAUGCAACUAAAGUACAGAAAAUCUCCGAAAAUGAAUUAUCUAUUAGUCUGGAACAGAAUGCAUUUGGUGAAGCAUUCAUUACUACGUUCCGUACAUUCAUCACUCCAUUGGAUUUAAUCGAGAAACUAACGCAUCGAUACUCAUUAUUCUGUUGCCAAAUCAAUGAAACAAAACAAAAAGCAGCUAAGGAAUCAUUUUCGUUACUCGUGCGAGUUGUCAAUGAUCUAACUGCCCCGGAUUUAACACCACACAUUCUUGAGCUACUCAAUGAAUUCGUGUAUCAAUUAGUUUGUUCGGGUCAAUUGAUGAUGGCCAAACUGCUGCGUAAUUGUAUUCUUGAAAAGAUUAUGUUGUUUAAACAUCAAAAAUGGUCUCCAAUCAAUCCAAUACUCAGUGUAAUCACAAGCCCUCCAUCUCUAUUGGAUCUCAAGUCAGCCGAUAUCGCCGAACAAAUGACUUUAUUGGAUGCUGAACUAUUCCAGAAAAUCGAAAUACCUGAGGUACUGCUAUGGGCUCAGGAGCAAUGCGAGGAAAGAUCACCAAAUCUCACUCGAUUUACCGAACACUUCAACAAAAUGUCAUACUGGGCGCGUUCGCAAAUACUCAAACAAGAAGAUAGCAAAGAUCGUGAGAAGCAUGUUAUUAAAUUUAUAAAAAUUAUGAAACAUCUUCGUAAGAUCAACAAUUAUAAUUCAUACUUGGCUUUGCUAUCGGCACUGGAUUCAGCCCCAAUUCGAAGAUUGGAAUGGCAUAAAACAAUAACGGAAGGACUGAAAGAGUACUGUGCUUUAAUAGACAGUAGCUCAAGUUUUCGAGCUUAUCGGCAAGCAUUGGCCGAAACAAACCCACCGUGUAUUCCAUAUAUUGGUUUGGUUUUACAAGAUUUAACAUUUGUGCACAUUGGCAAUCCAGACUACCUAAGUCCCGCCACUAUCAAUUUCUCAAAGCGUUGGCAACAACAUAACAUCGUUGUCAACAUGAAGCGGUUCAAAAAGUGUAGUUCGUAUCCAUUCAAGAAAAUUUCAAAAAUUAUCGAAUUUUUCGAUAACUUUGAAAAUUAUUUGGAUGAAGAUGCAAUGUGGCAAAUAUCAGAGACAAUCAAACCUCGUGUUACACGGAAACCAAUUUCGCAACCAUCUACUUAAAUCAAUUGCGAAACUUUGAAUGUUAACGUAUCUUUUUUUGCUGAGAGAAAAGAAAGAGAUUACGUUCGGAAUUUUACUUAACAAAGUGUCAAAUUCGACACGGAUUUAGGCAAGAGCUAUAAAGCUUUGCGCUAUAAUUGUAUUUAUACUCGCAUAAAAGAAAUGUUGAAUCGUUAGACGGAUGGAUUUGCAUGCAGACAUAAGAGAACAACACAAUGGCAUGAUUUUGGUUUAUUUUAAAAUCAUCAGUGCAUGAAUGUUUUUGUAUUGUAUCCAUUGUUUUAGUGAAACAAUUUAUGUUUUUACGAAAUUUGUAACUAAAAAAAAGUGAUACAAGAAAUGGCUUUGGUCAUGAAAUCACCAACAUUUUAUGUGCGCCAAAAAUAUACUUUGAUGCACACCAUUCCAAAUUCAACUAUUUGAAGAAAAAAAGAUUUUCAGUUUUUUUUUUUAAAUUGUCAAU